CUCACCUUACAGGUCUUGUAGAAAUUUGCCUGAUGCACCCCCUUGAUGUAGUGAAAACCAGGUUUCAGAUUCAAAGAGGAGCAACCGAUCCUACUGCUUAUAAGAGCCUUGCGCACUGCUUCAGAACUAUAUUUGUCAGUGAGGGGUUGCUGGGUUUCUAUAAAGGGAUCCUUCCUCCUGUCUUAGCAGAAACACCCAAACGAGCAGUAAAGUUUUUCAGUUUUGAACAGUACAAAAGAUUACUAGGACAUACAUCCGUUUCUUCUGGACUGGCAUAUACUAUUGCUGGAUUAGGAUCUGGACUUACAGAAGCUGUUGUCGUCAACCCUUUUGAAGUAGUAAAGGUUAGCUUACAAGCAAACCGUGAUGCCUUUGCAAAGCAACCAUCAGCAUUUGCUCAGGCCCGUUUCAUAGCCCGUAGCCAAGGUAUUGGACUCCAAGGAUUAAACAAAGGGAUAACCGCUACACUAGGAAGACAUGGUGUUUUCAACAUGAUUUAUUUUGGAUUCUACUUUAAUGUUAAAAACAUUAUACCUGAAUAUAAGGACCCAACACUAGAAUUUUUAAGAAAAUUUGUGAUUGGUCUAGUCUCGGGAACUGUUUCCUCUGUUGUUAACAUCCCAUUUGAUGUUGCUAAAAGCAGGAUUCAAGGUCCACAGCCAGUUCCAGGAGAAAUUAAGUACAAAGCAUGCUUCAAAACCAUGGCAACAGUGUACAAAGAAGAAGGGUUUUUUGCCUUGUACAAAGGAUUAGUCCCCAAGAUUAUGAGACUGGGCCCAGGAGGUGCUAUCAUGCUGUUGGUUUAUGAAUACACUUAUGAAUGGCUGCAGAAAAACUUCUAAUGGAAAAUAUUUCAGUUACUCUGUCAGAAUUCCAGAUGUGAAAAUUGUGUUAGUGUAAGAGACAUAUUGCCCUGCCAGUGUGCAUAAUGAGAGGUGAUAAAGAUGGAUAAAAAUUCUUAAGCACUGAAAUGAAUUUUACAGUUUUUAACACAAGACUAAAUAAUGUUAUUUGCUACCAGCAGUACUCAUGCCAUGAAUUUGGAAAGGAAAUGCACAUACUUCAAAGGUUUACAGUUUUACUGCUUAUAACAUUGUAUAAUACAUUCUAGGUAGAAGCAUAUAUCUGACUUUUGCAAGAUCCUGCAAUAUUAUCAUUGUCACAUUUUUAGAAUGUCUUCCUACACAUAGUUAAAAAAAUUCUUUCUGAUGACUUUGUGAGCUUCUGAGAAUAUGUACUUUUUCUGUAGGACUGACCAACAGAUGUGAUCCACAAAAUAUGUUUAGGUAGUCCAUGACAGUCAGCACAAAUAGUGUAGUAUCCUAAAAAGUUAAGUUUCCAGUGAUGUAAAAUACAAAACAGAAUGCAUGCAGCUAAUAAAAUGUGCAGUCAUGUAUUUUUUAAGACAUUUGCAACUUGGUGAUAGGGGUUUACCCAGGCAUUCCUGUGUUGUAAGCAAACUUUAUGUGUGCUGCUUAUGCUUCUAACUUUUAAACAUAUGCAUCUCUUUAAAUGUUGCCCCAUAUAAGUAAAAAUACAUUUCAUGUUUACCUGUUGCCCAUGCAGUGUAAAAAGGCUGUGUUUUAAAUGAGUAUCUAUCUACAGCUCUUUACUGUAGACAUUACUUUAAACAAUUCCUGAUGUUCUGGCCUCUUAGAUCUGUGAUGUUAAUAAGAGAUGAUGCUUUGGAAAAAAAUAUUCAUUUGAAUAUGCACAGUAUAUGUGAAGACAAUCUUUCUUUCUGGUUUUCCUGCAGAUGACUACAUAAUACAAAAUAAAAUUUGAAUCCUUCAAAGCCCCCGGGCCUGUGGAAAAUACAGCCCAGACCGCAGAAUCCUUU